CAUUGUCGCUGGCUGUAACUCAUCAAAUGAUCAUAGUGCUUGCUGCUGGCGUAUCUACUGUCCUGUUGAAUCAAGUAGACGAGUCUCUUUGUCAUUUCCAACACUCUUAUCUACUGGGUCUGCCAAAGGGUCUAUUUCCUAUAUCCAGCACUCCUAGUCUUUCUUGGUGCUAUCAAUUCUUUUCAAAACAAUCCGACAUUCAUGACAGAGUGUAUGUGGUUGCCAGUGCUCAGAGUUUUAAACCAUAUGAGCGAUGGGCAAUUGAUGUUGGGCUUCCCGCUGGCCAUGUUCUUAGCAUUGGAACUGCCGAGCUACGAGACCCAAAAAAUGCGUUUUUAGAUUCGCUUGGCGUUGCACUAAGAUUGGCUUGUGCACCGACCAACUCUUCAGAUUCACAUACUUUAAUGGGAAUCGAUCAAGAAAUAACAAUCAUUGGAUCGGACUUUUUACCAGAUCAGCAUCUUCUUUCAUCUUGGACUGUAUUACCUCGGCAUGUCUCUGUGCUAGUUUCUUCAACUGGAUCUAGUUUAAUUGCUCUUAAAGUCAGUGCAGAGGUGGUUCCACUUUUACUAGAAUACAUUGAUUUAUGCCAAAUGCAAUUAUGGCAGACAAAAGCGCCAUGUGUUGGGUCGAAUGAAUCUACAGCUCAGCCAACGACAACAUACGACCAGCUAUUAGCAUGGCUUGAUCAAAAUGGAAAACUCUCAAAGCAUAUUCUUCCAGUCGAUGAUCCCAUUUCAAAAUGGAUGGAUCCAGCAGUUUCCCUUGCUGAUUAUCACUCAUAUUGGAAAUCAUUUCAACCCAACUUACCCCGUAUCGUGGCUCCAUUGUCUUGUAUUCCAAAUAUCCAUCAUCGUGUUUAUGCACGCAUUGGGCUCAUGGGCAACCCCAGUGAUGGGUUUUACGGAAAAACUAUAUCCACCACAAUCUCAAAUUUUUGGGCUGAUGUCACUCUGGUACCUAAUGCAGAUUCGUCCGACUCAUCAUGUUGCUUUGUUGCCAACAAAAUAUGCGAUCAUAUCUCAUUUGGAUCUAUUCACACUGCUCAUCAAGUUGCAAAAAUCGAUGGAUAUGACGGAGCAAGCCGUCUGUUGCUUGCAACAAUUCGUAUAUUUGUUCAGCACUGCAAUACAAACAAUAUUCCACUGGUUCGACGCGGUAUGCGCAUCAUAUAUCAAACCAACAUUCCUAGACAAGUUGGACUUGCUGGUAGUUCAUCAUUGGUUAUAGCGCUACUGAAAUCUUUACUGAAAUUCAACAGUAUUUCCGAAGCAACGAUACCUCUGUGGAAGCAAGCCAAUAUGGCUUUGUCUGCAGAGACAGAUGAGCUAGGAAUUACUGCUGGUUUACAAGACAGAAUUGUACAAGUCUAUGGUGGAUGUGUUCAUAUGGAUUUUGAUCGAAAGUUGAUGACCAACCGAUCUUUUGGAGAGUACCAACCACUCAGUACAUCUGGCAUUCCAUUAAAUUUAUGGAUGGCAUUUGUGAGACAACCAAAAGAGUCGGGAAAAGUUCAUCAUACAGUCAAAACUCGGUUUGAAAAAGGCGAUCUAGAUGUCGUUGAAGGAAUGAAACAAUUGGGAAAGCUUGCUGAUGAGGCAAAAACAGCCAUGCAAGUCAACGACAGUUUUGCUCUUGCUCAACUGUUUGAUGCCAACUUUGCACUUCGUCGUCAACUUUAUGGAGAUGCAGUGAUUGGUGUACAGACUCUUCGUAUUAUUGAGCUAGCUCAUCAACAUGGUCAUGCAGCAAAGCUUUCUGGAAGUGGUGGGUGUGUGAUUGGUAUAUGGCGGGAAAAAGAUGCAUCCAAGUUUGUUGCUCGAACUAGAGAGCUACGAUCGGAACUAGAGCGUGAAGGAUUUAUUUUUUGUUUUGUGGAUAUUCCCAAAACAUAUUGA